AUGUGGGGGCAGAGGCAGCUCGAUAACCUCCAAUCCCCGUGCUCGCUGCUCGCAAUAAAGAACAACACGAAGAUUAGAAAGUCCAUCAAACUCGCAUUUAUCAGCGCCGGUGCAGAAUUCCUCAUCGACUCCUAUUCCCAACAACAUCUGCCAAGCAUCUCACCUUCCCAUCAGCUCGCAUCUGAUACUCCUUCGGGUCCGUUCGUCCAUCCUACAACUCCUCUAUAUAUCAGUCUCCGGCUCGCACAGAGUGCACUCGAGGGAGUCAGACGCAUCGAUCUCGAAUCCAGUCAUCAUGUUGCCUCUCGUCGCCACCGCUGCUCCAGGCCCGAUCUCUCUUUUCUACUACCCAAAGGACCAUAUGGCAAGAAGUGGUUCUUCCUCCUCGACAAUGUCCAGUGGAACAACAACACCGCUGCGAUCAUCCUCUGCUGCCUCUCAAAUGUCAACUUCCAGCCGCUUUUCCGCAACCUUUGGCCGAAUCAAGAGAGGAUUGAUCAGGUAGACGAGGACAAGGAAAGUUAG